AUGCAAAAGGCUUUGGAGGAUGAGAUAAACCCCACUUUCGAAUCUAUUAAAAGAUUUCACAAACAGCAGGACGAUCUUUUCCGAAAAUUUACUCAAUUUCAACACGACUUGAUCGGCCUUUGCGAAAAGCAAAUUGCGGAUUGCGACAAGGUCUGUGAUCGACGUUCUUAUGAUUACUCGUAUCUUUCGCUGAACAAGGCCGAAAAUUCGACUGGAGAGCCCUCUGUCAAAAUGGAAAAGGAUCUCGCCUACGACUCGCAACUUAAGAAAAUAAAUUAUGUCUUGGGAAAUUCGGCAGCAAAUGCAUCGCUCCAGUUCUUGGUGAAGACGUAUCUGCCUGAGAUUGAAGAGGUUCGUUUUAAUCCAUCUGAUAGCAGUGGAUCUCGGAGGGCAUCGACGUAA